CUAAAACCCUACACAAUACCCAGCGCUUCUAAACUGAAACUGAAGAAAAAAUGGAGCUAAACCUUAACAAGAGGAAAAAGCAAAAGAUUGAGAACAACAACAAAAACAGUAAUUCAGAGGUUUUCGCUUCUUGCUCUUUCCAAAGUCUCGGUCUUCACCCUACCUUAUGCGACCAGCUCAAAGAGAGGCUUGGAUUCGAGGCUCCAACACUUGUUCAGGCUCAAGCAAUUCCUGUUGUCCUAUCCGGUCGACACGUGCUAGUGAAUGCGGCUACUGGAACGGGGAAAACUGUAGCUUAUUUGGCUCCAGUCAUUCAUCAGUUGCAGAAGUCUGAUCCCAGGAUUCAGCGAACCGAUGGUACUUUUGCGUUGGUUCUUGUGCCAACGCACGAAUUAUGCAUGCAGGUGUAUGAGAUCUUGCAAAAGUUGUUGCACCGUUUUCACUGGAUUGUUCCUGGCUAUAUUAUGGGAGGGGAAAACAGGAACAAAGAGAAAGCAAGAUUGCGAAAAGGUAUAUCUAUUCUUGUUGCAACUCCUGGACGUCUUUUGGAUCACCUAAAAAACACAUCAUCAUUCUUGUACACGAACCUGCGCUGGAUAAUUUUUGAUGAAGCAGACAGAAUUCUGGAACUUGGAUAUGGUAAAGAGAUUGAAGACAUACUUAAUAUUCUGGGCUCUAAACCACAGAAACCUGUUGGCAAGGAUAACGCAACUUCACGGAUUUCUGAGGUUCAGAGGCAAAAUUUGCUGUUAUCAGCUACAUUAAAUGAGAAAGUAAAUGAGCUCGCUAAAAUUAGUUUAGAUAACCCAGUGAUGGUUGGGCUUGACCAGAAAACAGAGCUACAGUUAACUCAGCAAGACAUGGAACCAAUGGAAUUUAAUGGGAAGGAUAUAUUAGGAAAAGAUGGCAAACUACUGACUUCUUCAACUGAGGAAUAUAAGCUUCCGACUCAGUUACUUCAGCGAUAUAUAAAAGUUCCCUGUGGUUCUCGGCUUGUAGUGCUUCUUGCAAUUCUAAAACAUCUGUUUGAGAAGGAGCCUUCCCAGAAGGUUGUGGUGUUUUUUUCAACAUGUGAUGCUGUAGAUUUUCAUUACUCAUUGGUGAGUGGAUUUCAGUUGCUCCCUCAUCGGCAAUCAGAUAUUGAAGACAAACAACUGUUUUUGAAAUGCAACACACUUCGGUUACAUGGGAAUAUGAAUCACGAGGACCGAAGAACUACAUUCAAUGCUUUUAAAACAGAAAAAUCAGCACUUCUGCUGUCCAGUGAUGUUGCUGCUAGGGGCUUGGACUUUCCAAAAGUUAGGUGUAUUAUACAGUAUGAUCCUCCAGGAGAGGCGACUGAAUAUGUGCACCGGGUAGGAAGAACUGCCCGCAUAGGUGAAAAGGGAGAUUCUUUAUUGUUCCUACAGCCAGUUGAAACUGAUUACUUGCAUGGCUUGGAGAAACAUGGGGUGACUCUAACAGAGUAUCCCCUUCAGAAACUUUUGGAUAGCUUUCCAUUGUUUGGUAUCAAGUACCACCCGAAGAAUUUUGUUUCAGUAGACACGCAUCCCUGGGCUGUUUCUCUGCAGAGAGCAUUGGAAUCCUUUAUAUCAUCAGAGCUAAAGAUGAAGAAGAUGGCACAAAAUGCAUUUUGCUCAUGGGUUCGUGCAUACACUGCCCAUCGUGGUGAACUUAAAGGGAUUUUUAUGGUGAAGAAACUUCACUUGGGGCAUGUAGCAAGAAGUUUUGCAUUGAAGGAACAACCAUCUUUGGUUAAUAAAUCGCUCCAAAAACAAUCAAAGAAGAGGAUGAGAGAUCAGAAACAUAACAACAUAUCGAAAAAGAGGAAAGUUUCUAAAAGAUGAUGAGCAUUGAGGAUGUGAAACGUUUGUUCUCAGAUAACCUUGAGAUAUUGGCUAGGAUAUGUACACAAGAUGAGCAUUGAGGAUGUGAAACGUUUGUUCUCAGAUAACCUUGAGAUAUUGGCUAGGAUAUGUACACAAGAUGUUUCUGUCUAGCAUCUUCAGUUGCCCUGCCUCUCUACCGGCUACGGCCGGAGCAAGUAGUCCGAUGAGCUCGUGUAUUCAGUUUUGCUGAGGAAGUUAAAACCAGUACUAGUUGCUCUGGUUUUGAGAUUGUGCUGGCAGCUUGCAAACAUAUGCUCUUUCUGGUGAGAAUGUAUCAGUUGUAUUUAAGACAAAGUUCUAACUCUAAGCAGGGUAUUCAUAAUAUUAGCAUUUUAAUUAUACUAGGAAAUUUUUUGUAUACUCUAGGAAAUUUUGUACCCAAAAUCUUCAAGAACUAAAGUUGAAGCACUAAUAGUUCAUCUGUAUUUAUUAGUUGUGUGCA